UUGGGUCCAGAGAAGAUUGUGCGAUUGAAUGUUCACUUAGCGAAGCAUCACUUACUUCCACCAUUCGGUCAAAGCUAUCGUGAAUAUCCAGAACUUAGAUGUAGCACUAUGGGUAUACAAUUCAACAAUCCACUUGGAUUAGCAGCAGGUUUUGACAAAGAUGCACAAGCAAUUAAUGGUCUGCGAAGAAGUGGUUUCGGAUUUAUCGAAGUGGGCACUGUAACACCAUUACCGCAGAAACGUGACCGCAAAUCAACUCUAAAGCGUACAGAAACUAGUGAGGGUUAUAUCACGCAAGGAAAUUUUUCAAGUGCCGGCUUAGGAACGGCGCAUUUGCUUGUCAAAAAUACUUUUGAUCGAAGUACCGAUGUUCCACUGGGUGUAAAUAUUGGUCGAAAUACGGAAUUCCAUCGACUGAAAACAGAUUAUGGCCUUGGUGUCGAUUAUUUUGGCAAUUUUAGUGACUAUUUAGUUGUAAAUUUUGGCGUUCCAAAUGGUGCUGAGAAACUCUCCGAUUUGGAAAUUAUGUCGCUUGAUAAACGAUAUGGAAUUGAUGGUGUAAUUAUUUCAAAUUUCACUGCUCACAGAUCACAAGAGAAUACGGGUACAACCGAUGGUUUUGUAAGUGGAGAACCGCUACGUGAUAUCAGCACCGAUUGCAUACCUGGCAAGGUUCCAAUAAUUGGCUGCGGCGGAGUAUCAUCUGGUCAAGAUGCGUACGAUAAAAUACGUGCCGGUGCAAGCCUCAUACAGCUUUAUUCGUCAUUGCUUUAUCAGGGCUUUCCUGUUAUUGGAAAAAUAAAACGAGAAUUGGUGGAACUUCUCAAUCGUGAUGGUUUCAAGAAUGUUUCGGAAGCCGUUGGCGCAGAUUAUACGAAGAAAUAGUC